AUGAAUAUUCCUUUACAACUACAGUCUGAAAAUUUUUACUUCGAUGAUUUAAAGUUAAUAGAAUCAUUCCAGGUACAUCCAACUACCAACAGUGAUUUAUUGAUUAUCGAAACAGAAGAUCGUCAAGAUAUUAUAAACAUAACAAGAGCUUUUGCUAACCAGAUAUUAAGGUUUGACAUAGGCUAUAUUGUCACUUGCAAGAAAUUAAAAGUUCAACUUGUUCCUCCCAGUCAAUUGCAGAUUGUUUUCGGCGAAAUACUUGAUUCUUUGAAUAAUUUUAAUCCUAUAGAAAAUGUGAAGAUUGCAAUCCUAGAAGUUACUAGUUUUGUUUUCAAUCUUCCAGAAGGGUUAACCUUCAAGUUGAAAGAAAUCAAAGAGCACAAGAUUUCAUUUGAAUUAGUUCGCAAUCAAAUCAGCAAACAAUUCUUAAAACAAAUGCAAGAAGAUGUAGUUUCAAAAGCGAGAAAAGAAUUUUUAAAAUCUUGUUUAGAGGAAAAAGAUCUAGACUCAGAGUUUAUGAGAUUUGCCAAAAAGUUUUUUGGCAGUGAAGAUAAUUCUAUAAAAAUGAUUUUACAAAUAUUAGUUAACGAUCAUGUUGAGAAAUUCAAGGAGAACAUCGAGAAGAUCCUAAAUUCCUUUUUAGAUAACAUUUAUUUACAAGUGAAAGAAAAUAGUUUUUCUUAUAAGAUUAUUUCUCAAUAUUCUAUGAAUUUAUUAAUAGGUGAAUCUCUUUUAGUUAAAACUAGAUAUAAUGAGAGAAGAAACAUAGUUUGGAUGUUAGAUGCCUCAUGUGCAGCACUUAGUGAAUCUUAG